UGGUCGGAACUACAGAAGGUGGGAGGGAAAAAAAGGCCGAAUAUAAUGCUACCUAAAGCGUCUUCUGCGCCUAUCCUCCUUUCUGAAGAAGGCCUGCUGGGUGUUCCCUCACCUCUAAGGAAUCCUCAUAGUGUUAUUUGGUAAAAACGUGUUCCAGAGGACGUGAAGAUGUUGAGACUGAACUGAGGAAAGGUUCCAAGGUUUUUAAGAGAUUAUGGCAUCUGAAACCCACAAUGUUAAAAAACGCAACUUUUGUAAUAAUAUUGAAGAUCAUUUCAUUGAUGUUCCUAGAAAAAGGAUCUCUAAUUUCACUAAUAAGAACAUGAAGGAGGUUAAGAAGUCUCCAAAACAGUUGGCUGCUUACAUAACUAGAACAGUUGGACAAGCUGUGAAAAGCCCAGAUAAACUACGUAAGGUGAUCUAUCACAGAAAGAAAGUUCAUCAUCCUUUUCAAAAUCCUUGCUGCAGAAAAAAGCAGUCCCCCAACAGUGGGGGCUGUGACAUGGCAAAUAAAGAGAAUGAGCUGGCUUGUGCAGGCCGCCUCCCUGAGCAAGUGCGGCAGGGUAGUCGACCAUAUCUGGUUAGCCCCAGUGAUUCUGGUUCUUCACAGACAGAAAGCCCAUCAUCAAAAUAUAGUGGGUUUUUUUCUGAGGUUUCUCAGGACCAUGAAACAAUGGCACAGGUUUUGUUCAGCAGGAAUUUGAGAUUGAAUGUAGCUUUAACUUUCUGGAGAAGGAGAAGUAUAAGUGAACUUGUAGCUUAUUUGGUGAGGAUAGAAGACCUUGGAGUUGUGGUGGAUUGCCUUCCUGUGCUCACCAAUAGUUUACAGGAGGAAAAACAAUACAUCUCACUUGGCUGCUGUGUAGACUUGUUGCCUCUAGUAAAGUCACUACUUAAAAGCAAAUUUGAAGAAUAUAUAAUAGUUGGUUUAAACUGGCUUCAAGCAGUCAUAAAAAGGUGGUGGUCAGAACUAUCAUCCAAAACAGAAAUUAUAAAUGAUGGAAAUAUUCAAAUUUUAAAACAACAAUUAAGUGGAUUGUGGGAACAGGAAAACCAUCUUACUUUGGUUCCAGGAUAUACUGGAAACAUAGCCAAGGAUGUAGAUGCUUAUUUAUUACAGUUGCAUUGAGAGACUUCAUCUACUAAAUAGCAUUUGGUUAUUCGAAACAUCCCUGGACUAUAUGAUUUCCCCAAAAAAUGUCUCACCUGAGAACUGUGAACUGUGGAAGAAAUCAAAACCAUUUUUUCCUUUAAAAAGCCACAUAAUGAAACCACUAAUGAAAUGCUAAGGAUCUACUUCACAUUGAAGUGGAAAAAUAUCCGAAAGGAGCAGCUUCAACUUCAAUGAGGUGAAAGUGCACUAUGAAGAUUGUUCACCUUUGCUGCAAUUUGGGAUUUAUAUGGUUAUUUGGUAACAUUGUUUAAGAACUACUGGGUCUUAAUGCAAUCCUGCAUAAGAAUAUAAUUUAUACUAUGUGAAAAAUAAGACAGGACUUAUUACUAGGAAUUAUAAAGACCAAUCAUCAUUACUUUUUUUAAGAUUGUGUUUUAUAAGAAAACACUUAAAUGUGUGCAGCUACUAUUUUCUUAUGUUGAAAAGACUUUGAAAGUUUAAACCAUCAUAGCAGAUAAUCAAUACUAAAAGUUUUCUGUUCACACUGAGAUACUGUGUAUGCAGAAUGCCUUAAUUAUUAAUAAGCCAAUGUGUAUGAUACCAAUAUCUGUUUAAGAAAAUUAAAACCAACCAUGCUUCUGGCAUGAUAAAAUCAUGGAGUUAAAUCAGGGGUUUCCAUUCAUGUAGAAUGUUGUUGUUAAAACUUAUUCCACACCAUUCUUAAAACCUGAGAAUAUUUUUAGUAUCUCUGAUUUUUUUUUUGCCAGAAUCAUCAUGUCAUGUGUGUAUGUGUUAUUCCCAUACAUAAGAAAAAGGUGAAUAUGUAUUUGUAUGAAUGCUUAACUGGAAAUGUCCAUGGAGUUGGCUAAUUUAUAUUCACUUUUUAUUGUAUAUAGAUUUCUAAUAUUUUCAGUUCUGUAUCAUUUAAGUUUUCUUCAUUUGAGUAAAUUCACUAAAUAUUUCUAUUUUUUGCUUUUUUAAAUUCUGAUUUUAUAUGAAUUCUGAUUUUUUUCACUACAUAUGUUUAAAGAACUGCAUACAAUGCUUUAGAAUUGUUUACACUUAGUGCUGACCUAUUUUAAAUUCCAACACUUUACUACCUCCUCCAAAGUUUGGUAUGAAAUGCCAGCAGACUGUAUGAGGUCUUUUUUUUUUUAAUACCACUCUUAGUAUCAGUGAAUGUCUUAACAUUCUGGAAUGUCUUAACAGCUGUAUGCAUUAUCUUGAAAGUGGCUGGGGUUAAAUGCCACUCUUGGUGGUUCAUACAUCAUCUCAUCUUUAAUAAGCCUGAGAGGCAUCUGAGCAAAGAUUUUGAGUAAUUGAAUUUCUGUGCAGUAAUCCUUCAAGCACUUGAAUGUAAACCUUUAGCAUUUAUCCAAUUAGCCACUACUGAUAUGAAUCCAAAACAAGCAUCUUUCUUGCUUUAAAAAAUGUUAUUUUUUCACUGAGUUCUAUUUUUGUGUAGCUAUGUGUUCCUUACAGUGAACAUCAAUUGUAGUAACUGGUUAUUCUCUAAAGUUUUUAGAAUAAUUUCAGAUUACUGCACUUCUGAGUUUUGAGAGUUGAGUUAUUUAAGAAGUCAUUUUUCAAGAGAUGGGAAUUUGAUUUGUAAACCUGCGUCAUCUCUGUGAAACCUUAAGAUGAUGAAAUACAACCCUCCUUUGUUCCUAUUCCUUUUAGUUUGCACUCUCUUAUCUAACAGUUUCAACCAGUCAACGCAGUUGGUGCAUGGUGCUAAUGAGGCUAAGGACAAGAGUUCAAUCCUUUUAGGUGUUUAACUGCACACACAUACACAGAACUAUUCAUGGCUACAGACUGCACCUUCUCUUAGGUAUCCAUCUCACAAAUUCACUCUUGGUCACAAGGAAGAUGGUGUGUAUAGCAUAACACAAACCCUUCACCUCAAAUGGAAAGAUAACUCAAAUAAUUGGCACAUGGGAUACUAUAGACUUUAAUAUUUAAAAUAAUAUUAAAAAUAAUGUAAUAUCUAAAAUUCUGUGUCAAUAUAGUUUUCUCUGGGUAAGAUCAAUGACUAAACAUUGUCCUCUGAAAAUCAAACUUAAUCAAACCAGUAAAAAUUAGGUACAAAUACAAAUGAAACAUAGUAAAAAAAAAAAAAAAGGUAUUAUCCUGUUAAUGCUGAGUUUGGGUUUGUUAAAGGAGAGUAGAUAAUACUUCUUUUUUACAUACUCAGAGCCAUAUAAGGCAGCAGUCUUUAGCUCACAAAUAUUAUUCAGUGGCACACACUCCCAAUUUCUGUUCUUGGCCUUUGCAGUUUACCUUAGUACCUACCUCUCUCAGUUACUGAGUUAUGAUUAGUAUUAGAUGAUUUUAAGAUUCUUGGAUAAAAGGUGUUGGAUAAGUAAAUAUUGAUGAACUCUUAUGUUGUUAUCAAGCCCUUCUCAUGCUGUUUAAUUAGAACAGUGUUGAUCUCCAGAAAAAGCCAAAGAAAGUGUUUACAAAGUAUUUUGGCUGUUGUAUUGACCUAGAUUAGGACAAUUGCUGUCUGUCAUCGCUCUUUUGUUGCUGUGUUGCUAAGCAGUAUAACUGAAGGACUACCCGAGGUCUCUAUGCCUUUCUACCUCUUCUACCUUCUUCAGUUUUUUCUGUUCAUGACUUUCUAACUUUGCAAGUCCAGGGACAGGUAGUUUUUUGAGAUGGUAGAGGGUUAUAAUCAAGUAAUUUGCUUCUUCUAGAGAUAAAGUAAAUGGUUUUAUAAUGAGUGUUCAGAAUAAAAGUUAAAAGUUAGGAAGCAAGCCUUGUCAGAUGGUUUUUAAAACUAAUCUUUUGGCAGUAAUUUCAAAAGUAAUUGACAUACAUUAUUUACAUGAAUCCUGAGGUGUGAGAAUUUGGAUAUAAAUAUCUGUAUCUAUUUUGAGGGAUCAUUAAUAUCAGCACUGAACUCUAAGGGCUACUGAGGAAGUAAAUCCUAAUGCCCCUAAACAUACUUGGUACAUGUCAUGUCCUAACCUUAGAAAUCCUUGUGUGGGUUCAAAGCUAUAUAUCUGGACUUUGAAAUAGUUUUCUCUCAAACUUAGAACAUUUCUGUAUUUGGCAAGUUGUUUAUAUAAUUACUAUCAAUGGAAAACUAAUUCGAGUAAUGAUUAUUAGCUAUUAAAUGCUGAUAAUAGAAAUUAUAUCUAAAUGUUUAUUCAGUUACUUAAGUUAGUCAAGGAGUUUGAAAAAACAAAAUUUAAGUUAAUAUUUUGGUAGGUCAUUCCCAGUUAUUUUUCUUCCUAUUUAAGAACAAAAUGGUAAUGUCAAUUGCCUUUGUUGAUUUAAAGAAAAAAAAUAGAAUCACAAGCAGCUGACUCAACUGGAGUGAUCUAUUUGGAUGCACUACUUAUCCUUCAACACAGACUUUUAUUUUCUAGAUUAUUUUCAGAUGAAAAUAGUAUUGCUGGACAUUUGUUGGUAGGUAUUUACUCCUAUGUUAUUCUUUCUCCCUUAAUUUUUAAUUCUUCUAGCUAUGGAAAUUGUCAUAGAACUUUGUGACACACUAUUCCCCCUCCUUUUUCAUUCUGUAACAGGCACAGAUGAAUAAAAAGUUCAUCCUUAAACACUGUAUGGUUCUAAUUUGUAAUAUAACUUGAUUGAUUCAAUAACAGCACCAAGUAUAACAAUAAAAAUAAAUACUGCAUAUCAUAAACCCAGUAUACUGAGUACAUUUUCCAGUGCUGUACUUAAUAUAUAGAACAUUGUAGUCAUCAUAAUUUUCUCUGGGUCAGAUCAUUGACUUAACAGUAAAUGCCAAAAUCAAACUUCAGUAAAAAUUAAGUACAAAUACAAAUAUAUACCACAGUAUUUUCUCUUAUAGACUAUAAUUAAUCAUAAAACAUGAAAAGACAUAGUUACUGUGUACCAGUAGUUCUAUGAAAGGGCAGCCCCACAGCUGCCAGUAUUUUUUAUAGCAAUGCUUAUUAUAUAUUCUUUGAUAUACAGAAUUACUAUUCUCUGAACUACGAAGUUUUCUGUUGGUAGAUGCCAUGAGUCUAGAUAAGGAGUCAGCCCCCAAAUGUACUUUGUGUUCAAGUUCUGUGCUUUACAGUAUUCUGUAUUUUCAUUCAGAUUUAAACCAGGAUUUUUUUUUUUAAAGGUCCUGGACCUGGCCAAGACGGUUGUGACACUAUGGAUUUAUACAAAAGCUCAGAAGAGUUGAUCCAACUAGAGUGAGAAUCCUGGGAUACACUGAAUUGCUACAAUUACUAGCUUCUAGAAUUACUGUAUUGCAUUUAUUAACCAAACUUGCAACAUGGGGCCUGGAUUGGAAUUAGACUCCACUUUCCAGAAGUCAGGAGCAGAAUUUACAUCCAUUUACUUUUCUACUUUCAUUUGAAAAAGAAAGGGGGAGGAGGAAAAAGAAAUGUAAAAACUUCAUUAGACCUCUGCAUGCAUUAGUUGAACCAGUGAAUGAGGACCUGCGUCACCUCUCAUUUGCCCUGCAGUAACCCGCUGGUUCCUCUCUGUACACCUGUAGCUUAGGCCCAAGGACAGCAAGAGAAAUGCAAGUUAACACCUUCCUUUUAGGUAGGUUCCAAAGCUUACAAAAGGUUUAGAAGAUGCUUAUCUAACCCCCCUUUGCCAUCCAGAUUCCUUUCCCCUUACUUAGAAUAUAGAUGACAAGAAAUCAGUGAAGGGGAGAAACCAGUUCGCUUUUCAAUCUCUUGAAAGCCCCCCCUGCCUCUCCCUUAGACAUAGGUAUUCUUCAAGGUUCUGUCUUAGGUUCUUUUCUCCCUCUACCAUUUCCCUGAAAAAAAACAUUGUUUAUUUCCCAUGGCGUCCUUUAUCAUCCACAUUAAUUGUUCUCAUUUGGGGAACAGAAGGGAGGUCAUUUUUUGACCAAAUAGGCAUGGAUUUUUUUUUUUAAGGUUGAGAAAACACUGAAUUGUAUGUUUAUCAUUCUCAAAUGUAUAUCUUGCUUUAAACCCAACUCAGCGCAUACACUAUAUAUCCAAUUGCCUACUGGAAACAUCCACUGGGAUUAUCUUGUAGACAUCCUAAAUAAAGUGUACCCAGAAUUGACCUCAUUCUCCACCUCCACUCCCUUGCCCCGAACCUGCCCUCCAACCCCCUCUUCUACCACCACCCAGGGAGAUAAAAGUGUUGUGUCUUGGUCUUGAAUUUCCAUUCUCAUUGAGUAUUCCUAAUAUCAACAGUUAUCAAGCCACAACCCCAUGAGUCAUCUUUGAAUCAUCUCUAAAUCUCUCAUCACAUCUUGUUGGUACAGCCCCCUAAAUUUCUCUCAUCUGCCGCAUCCCUCCACUUCUGCCAUUACUUAGUCUACAUUAUUCCAGCAGCCUCCUGACUGCCCUCUCUGGCAUUCGUCCUGCAUCCAUACAAGCUAUUCUCCACACAUGCUCCCCCAGAAUAGUCUAUAGAGCACAAAUUUUACCGUGUCACUCCUUAAGGCCACUUAGGAGAGAAUCUAAACAGUAUGCUUUACAAUCUCGACAGUGCCACCUUUCUCCCUUCCCCUCCCAAUGCUCCAGCUAGAAUGAACUUGUUUCAGUUUCUGAAAAACAUUACACUUCCUCUACAAGGGUUGUUUGCCUGAACACUCUUCUCCCAGAGUCCACCCAUUUAUCAUGUUCUUAGCCUUCAGGUCUCAGCUUAAACACAGUAUCUUUUGGAGACUUCUCUGAAGCCUCUUCAGCUAUUAGAAGUCUCUGCCACAAGUCUUUCACCUCAACCCUGUUUUUAACUCUGUGUAGUGUAUUGAAAUUGCUUAUUAUCUGUCUUCCCAGGUAGGCUGAUAGCUUUAUGAGGCCAGGGUCUGUGUUCUCUAUCACAUCCCCAGUACCUAGCAUUUACCUACCCUACCAGUAGUGGGCAUUUAAUUCUUAGGAAUAAAAAUGCAAGGGUGUGGCAUCUUUGGGCAUACACUCUAUGAGGAAGUAAUUUAGUAGUCCAAAGCUAUUGUGUGAUAGCAUAGCAGCUAAAAAUGGGUAGUUAUAGAAGCAAAAUAUCCAAUU